CUAUGGGUUUGAAAUCGGAAGAGAAACUGCCGGCGCACGUGGUGAUAUUCCCAUUCCCCGCGCAGGGGCACAUGAAUUGCAUGCUCAAUCUUGCUCAUCUCCUCUGUUUAUCCGACUUCCACGUCACCUUCAUCGUCUCGGAGUUCAGCCACCGCCUCCUAACCAAGAAUACCUCCGUCCCCGCCACUUUCGGCGUCUAUCCCGGCUUCCAGUUCCGGGCUAUCCCCGAUGGCCUCCCAGACGAUCACCCCCGCUUUGGUGACAAACUCGGCGAUGUGGUCCCCUCCGUUACAAACAACAUGGUUCCAUUUUUCAAGAAAAUGAUGGCCGAUGAAGACCUCCUCGCUUCCCCUCACCGGAGGCCGGUCACGUGCUUUGUUGCCGACGGAUUUUUCAGUUUCGCCACUGACUUUGCGGAGGAGAACGGCAUUCCCUUGGUCUAUUUCCGACCAACCAGCGCCUCCUACUUCUGGGCAAUGGUCUCAUUCAUUCAAACUCAAAAUAUUCCAUUUCAAGGUAAACCGAUGGAUGAAUUAGUGAAAGGCAUACCGGGAAUGGAAGGAUUCCUGCGCCGCCGAGACCUACCGGGUUUCUUCCGCACCGAUGAUGUAAAUGACAAUGUUUUUCAAAGCUUAACAGUGGCGACAAGGCAGCUCGUACGAGCACAAGCAGUCAUAUUUAACACAUUCGAGGAUCUAGAGGGGUCGAUUUUAUCAAUCAUGCUUGAAAAAUUACCAAGAAUCUACACUAUUGGUCCUAUCCACGAGCACCAGAAAUCCAGGCUCAUAGAGAAGGGAUCCAAAGCCUCGAUUGUUGCCGGUAAUUUAUGGGAAGAAGAUCGGAGCUGUAUAGAUUGGUUGAACGCUCAGCUGCCGAGAUCGGUGAUCUAUGUGAGCUUUGGGAGCAUAACAGUUGUGACGAGAGAGCAACUGAUGGAGUUCUGGCAUGGUUUGCUUAAUAGUUCUCAGAGAUUUUUGUGGGUGAUGCGUCCAGAUUCCAUCACCGGGGGAGAUCAAAUUCCACCGGAAUUGAUGGAGGGUACAAAAGAAAAAGGUUAUUUGGUGAAGUGGGCGCCACAGGAGGAGGUUCUCAACCACCCUGCAAUAGGUGCAUUUUUGACACACAGUGGAUGGAACUCGACUCUAGAGAGUGUUGUUGCUGGUGUACCGAUGAUAUGCUGGCCUUAUUUUAGUGAUCAAACUAUUAAUAGUAGGUUUGUGAGUGAGGUAUGGAAGAUAGGUCUUGACAUUAAAGAUACUUGUGAUAGAUUGAUCAUUGAGAGGGCAAUUAAGGAGGUUAUGAAAGUGAGGAAGGAUGAAUAUUUGGAAAGGGCAGAUGGUAUGGCCAAAAUGGCUAAGAAGGCUGUUGAAAGAGGAGGUUCCUCGUACACCAAUUUGGAUGCUCUAAUUGACUAUAUUAUUUCAUUGGUCAUAACAUUAUAAACAUUGGUAAUGUAAAUCUCAAAUUUCUUUUGAAAGGGCUUAGAAGAAAAUAAU